AUGGGGUCACGAAUAUUUUCGCCCAGAAGGCUCUACUCAGCGCUAAGCGAACUUAAAACAGAAACCGUGAUUCCGAAGAACCCUAACAAGCGCACGCGCGAUGGAUCUUUCAGGAAGUUCAAGCGGGUGGCUCCCGCUAUUGGAGAUAGCAUGCAUCCAUUCUAUAGCCCCAACAUCAUGGAAAGAGCAAUACUAUGUGCUUCAGAAAUAAAGCCCGAGUUGCUGGACGGACAACCUAUAGUUCCCGCUGUCAUUAAACAGCUAAAAACGCUGGAGCCCGCCCUUGUCAACACAAGGUGGCAGCCUCAAAGCACCCAAGGUUUGAACGACUGGUUAGAACCCUUCAGGAAAAUGAGGCGGAAAAGUUCUCCACUAAAGUUAAUUGAGAAUCAUGAAAUUGAUAACGUUAUAAGACCUAGCAGAAUAGAUUCGGGCCGGAUCCCAGAGCUUCGAAAGUUCGCGUUAAUGUUCGAAAAAGAAGAUGCUGGCAUUUUGAGUGCUUCAACUAUUGGAAGCUUGAUUGACAGGCUGGCCGCCGAUCAAGAAAAAGCUGUUUUCAGUGAAGAAGUGUUUUUAUACAUUCUUCAACAUUACUGCAAGUCCAGUCAAGGUAUUGCUAGCGUAGUGGAUUCUAUCACAGAGUUUUUGCACAAGGACAUAGAUGACUUGAAAACUGCAGAGACCCUUUUAGCUCAUGUUCUAAUGGCUCUGAGGCGUAACUCUAUUCCGCUAACCCCAAGGGCAACGUCAGCAAUAUUAAAACUGAUAGAUUCGGUAUCUACAAGAUUCCACAGGCCAUUUUGCGUUGUCGACUUUUCGCCUGCAGUGGUACAGAUGACCACAGAGUUCUACGUGGACUCUGGUUUUCUAAAAGAAAGCAAAGUCCUUUUUACAGACAUGGUCAACAAAGAAAGGUGUCCAAGUGCGCAGUUAGUGGAAAAGUACUUGGGACUCAUCGAAAGCGUAUGCGGAAUAAGCACAUCUGACAAUGACUUUUUGAAGAAGUUUGUGUACAUUUCUAACUUCAGGCCCAUUUUCCAAACAACAAUGACGCCGCGGAUAACAGAGUUUUUGGUAUCGUAUUGUCGACACUUUGAUGAAAUUCUAUCUCUACUAGUCCUCGUAGAUCACUCGAAAGUCAAAAAACAAAUUUGGGAUUUGGUUCUUCCCCAAAUGAUAAGAAGGGUUUCUCUACUCACAAAAGACUCAGCCAAGAAUUGUUGUCACCUCACAGUCCUUUAUCAAAAAGCCAGCCGCUUCUAUGGAAUGCCGCUAUCUACUAAAGUCAAUAAGGCUUUCAUCAUCCAAUAUGCUGUAAACGGCAAUUUUGCAAUGGUCGCACGGCUGUUAUCCAUUAUUGACUCUAAUGCGUUUCCAAGUUUCUAUGCAAGCGUUCUUGCUGCUUAUGACCAAAGCAGUGCGUUCAGCAUGGAGGUUCCUUCUUCGGGGGCUGCUUUGAAAAAUAAGCAUCAGUUUAUGACAUCCAUGAUUAUCCCGCAUUACACAGAAAUUUCAUUUGUUGGAAGGCAAUUAGCAUUGAAGCACGCAGAUACGGAAGAACUUCUUGAGCAAGUUUUGAAGGCAGAGAUUGCCAUCAAGGGCAGAGGGGGGAAGUCCCUGCUUCCUCAGGUCUCGUUAAAAGCACAGGACUGUAAGUCUAACUAUAUUAUCACAGAGGCUGAAAAAUGUUUACAGCAUUAA